AUGAAAAACUGUCCGGUAAAUCCGGCAGCAGAAUUUGAUCAAAAAAAUGCCUCCCGGUAUUGCAACAUCGAUGGCACGUGGGACAACUACACGAACUACGAUGCGUGCCACCAUCUGCCCGAGCUAUCCGCCGUUUCGGAGUUCGAACCGGUCAUUGAACUGCCAACAUUAAUCUAUUUCGUAGGAUAUACCAUUAGUCUAGGGGCUCUGGUGCUCGCUGUCACCGUGCUGAUCUACUUUAAGGACUUACGAUGCCUCAGGAACACAAUUCAUGUCAAUCUUUUCUUGACUUACAUUAUGUCAUCCAGUUUAUGGAUUAUGAUACUCUCUCUACAGGUAGGGCAGAUGACAACGAGGCAAGAAUUAGUCGGCUGUAUAUUUUUAGUCACGCUCUUUCAUUACUUCGCCACGACAAACUUCUUCUGGAUGCUGGUGGAAGGUCUCUAUCUGUACAUGCUGGUGGUGCAAACGUUUUCCGGUGACAACUUGCGCUUUCGGAAGUAUGCCCUAAUUGGAUGGGGAGGUCCUUUAAUCUUUGUCGGAGCGUGGGCACUCACAAAACCGUUCUACUCGGCCGAUACGGCGUCGGAGCAUCCUUCCAAGCUCGAAAUUGAAUGCUCGUGGAUGCGGGAAUCGCACAUCGAUUGGAUAAUCCAAGGGCCCACCUGUGCGGUGCUGAUUAUUAAUCUCAUCUUUCUGCUGAGAAUUAUGUGGCAUCCCUCCGAAAAGCCGUCGGUGAUAUUCGACGUGAAGGCGAGCAAGUUCGGAGUUGUGGAGUGA